GUGUGUGAGAGAGGCUAUCUGCCCUCAUGUCUUCCCCUGCCAACCGCAGAUCUGCAGGAUCACGCAGAUUCAACCCCCUGAAGGCUCUGCAGCCGAAACGCCGCCUGCAGCAAAUGUCGCCAAUCCCCUCCCCUCCAGCGUGAGAGACAUUCUGUUACUGUCUCACAACAAACGUGCACUUGGCAGUAGGCAGUUUCACCUUCGCAUACACUCAUAUAAACGUACACACUCAUGCAUGUACAGAAGAACAUGUGCACAUGCACAAAAGUGAAGCAGCAGAAGACACCAUACAGUACAAUAAAAUCCAGUCCCCACACUCACCUUGGGUCUUUAAGUGUUUCCGGAUAAAACAGGCACACCUGGGCUGUAGUUUUCCUGCCCGCUCACUCAAGCUCACGUGGUCCCAGAGGGCUGCAUUAUCCAGUGCUUUUCAUUUGUGGGUUAGCCUUUCAAAGGCUGAAUGGUGCUUUUCUGAAAUGCACAAAACAUGUCAGCUUGGACAUAAUCAGUAAAUAUGUCAGUCAACCUUGCAAGUCCACCUACUCGGCAUCUGCCUGGUCUGACCAACCGCUUAUCCUCGUAUUAAUACUUUGGAGAAUUUGGGCUUUUUCUUAUGCAGAAAUUCCUCAUCUCAAACAGAAACUGUAAACUGUAAAUAUGAAUACAGUGAAGUAUUCAUAUUCAUAUUUCAAAAACCCAGCUAUGACCAUAUUAGGCAUGAGGUUCAUGCUGGAUUGUAUCCCUCCAGGAUCAGGGUUCAAGGGCCUGGCUUUAUCACAUAUCACAUGCAGAACCACUGUCUCCCAGUCCCUCCCUGUCUCACUGGAGCCCAACACCCCCCCCCCCCCCCCCCACCUCCAUGCACUCCAGUGUGGCCAAGCACAGGAGAGUCUACCUGGAAGGCACACCAUGGGCAGUGCUUGUAUAGUGCCAGUGCUUGCCACCCGUCUGCCUGCCUCCUGAAUGAAUGACAUGUUCAUUUUAUUUCCUGGCUCUAUAGGCUUGUUUUUGCUGUUUUCUUCUGCCUUCUUCUGUUGCUUUCUUGACCUACACCAUCUGCCUUCUCCAUCCAACCCUCAUCUCUCCUAAGAUGUGGCUGUGAUGUUGACUGGUUCUUCCACUUUGGAACCCUUAACUACUCCGAUGCCGGAGCCCAGUGAUUGUUUUGACUAUUGCAGGUUCAUAGAGCUAGACUACAUUCCCAUGGAGACAGGCUUUAUGGUUUCAAUGCGCCAAAGUCGUGGAUUUCUCACCCCACAAACGCCGGAGCGCCACAAGCGACGGACACCUGCCCCAGUCAGUUCCAGGGAUCCCUAUGGCAACUCCUGUCUCAGCAGCAGCAGCAACUCUGGGUCCUGCAAGGGCAGUGAUGGGAGUCCUAUAGCCAGGCGUCACACGAAGUACACGUCCUGUACUGAUAACCAUGGCAUCCGGCCCCCCCCUCCCGAGCAGUACCUGACACCCCUGCAGCAGAAGGAAGUGUGCAUCCGCCACCUGCGGGCCCGGCUGAAGGAGACCAUCGACAGGCUGCAGAACAGAGACACUGAGAUUGACGAGCUGAGGACGCAGCUCUCCCGCAUGCAGGAGGACUGGAUCGAGGAGGAGUGUCACCGGGUGGAGGCGCAGCUGGCCCUGAAGGAGGCGCGGAAGGAGAUCCACCAGCUGAAGCAGGUGAUCGACGUGGUGCGGACCAACCUGAGCGACACGGACACGGGCGCGGUGCAGAAGUACUUCCAGGACAUCAGCGUGCAGAACCUGAAGCUGGAGUCGCUGCUGUGCAGCAUGGAGCUGGCGCAGAACGACUCGGGCAAGGAGGACGAGGCGGCGGGGGGCGGGGCCAGGGCGGGGGAGGGGCACGGCCUGCCGGGGUCCUGCGAUGGCUCCCCGGCCUGCUCGGUGACCCGCAGCUCCACCUACACCAAGCUGAGCGACCAGGCGCUGGCCGAUAAGAACGGGAACGCGCCCGACUUCCCCAGCCUGUCGGGGGGGGAGGAGACCCAGGACAGCGGCUGCAUCUGCGGGGACAGCCGGGCCGACCUGCUCCUGGAGGCCGCUUUCCUGUCCGAGGAGACGGCCUCCUUACUCAGCACCUACUCCCGCAUGCCGCACUCCUCCACCUACGAGAAGCUGUGCACCGUGGAGAAGGUCAUGCCCCGGAGGUGUAGCAGCAGCAGCAGCAGCAGCAGCCACCCCUGCCUCUCCCACCACCACCUCUUCCUCCACCACCUCAGGGAGCAAGCCAUCCAGACGGACUGUGGCCCGGCGUACAACCCCGACCUGGACCCCAUCAACGAGAAGGUCUUCAGGUCCCAGGCCUGCAGCCCCACCUCCACCUGGAUCUCCGAGGAGGGGGAGGACUUUGACACCAUCACCAUGGCGACCACCACUGCCGCGGACCCUGCGCCGCCCCCACUGCCCUCCUCCUUCUCCUGCACCUGCAUAGAGCUGCCCCCCCUGGAGGACGAGGAGGCGCCGCCCCAAACCUGCCAGCCCAGGAGCGUGACGCCGUCAUCCGGGCAGGGCGGAGUGACGGUGGUGGAGGUGGAGGUGGAGGAGGAGGAGGAGGAGGAAGUGGAGGGUGAGGACGAAGAAGGGGCAGCAGGCGGCGCAGAGACAGGCGAAGGCUCCGCCUCCACCGCGGAGCCCCCCCAGCGGAGCUACUGGAGCCGACACUUCCUGGUGGACCUGCUGGCGGUGGCCAUGCCCGUGGUGCCGGCCAUGGCCUGGCUGUGCCGGGCUCCCCGCAGGGAGGGCCAGCCCGUCUACAACAUCGGCUCUCUGCUGCGCGGCUGCUGCACCGUGGCCCUGCACUCUCUCCGCCGGGGCGGCAGCACCUGGCACUACCCAGCGGGCACCGGAGGCAGGGGGGCGCAGAUCUGAAUCCACACACCAACCCUCAACCCACAGCCCACCGCUCUUCAUCACCAAAUCAUUCCACUUCUCUACUUGAAAGGAGGAAGGGCACCAAAUUCAUGUCUGUCUGAUAGUGAUCCUGUGCUCUCUACAUAUGCCCUUCCUGACCCCAGGCCCUGUUGACCUUUGACCCAUCUCUCAUAUGUCCUGGACUGCACCCUCUUGCCAGCCCCUCCCACCUCCAGGUCUGCAUGGAGACCAGGAAGUGGUUCACUCCAAUCAAAGCAUUUACUAAUGUACAGCGAUACAGGUCUGUCUUUCUAGUUGUUGGUCUGUGCCAGUUCACUUACAGUGAAAGUGUUUCAUGUUCAGCCUAUCCCUGUGAGCGUGCGAGUGUGUGUAUAUGUAAUUUCAGGCUGAGAAUUAUGUAGCCAAAGCAACCGGGUGACAAUUAAUGAAUGUUGUUUCUGUUGUUGUGAUAGUACUGACUGAUUGACUGCACUUUUUUGAGUCUUGGGGUCACUGAGGAUACGGAACACUGUCACUCCAUCUUGGUCGUUGGUUUUUCAGCUUGUCGAUCAUAUUCAUAAUCUGUUGCGUCUCCAGCAGUCAAUAGUCCAUUUGUGAGCCAGACAAAAUCCAUGAUGUCAGAAAAUACAUAUAGGCAAAGCAUUUUGAGUAGGUAAGCGCACGCACCUAUGUUGGUGCAUAUUAUUGAUGACCGAAUGUCAGCCUUUAUUUUUCUUCCUAUUGAUCAGGAAGGAAGGAAGGAGUGAAAGAAACAGUUAUAAAUUAUUAUUUUAGUGAGUUAUAAGGCUGUCAAGCACCAAGUGGCCAGUGUUUGCCUUUUUUAUUGUCACACUUUGUGUGAACAUAAAUGUAGAUGUAACGCUAAAAAAUUAUUUUGACGUCCCUUCACCUUAACUUAAAUUAUAUUUCCGUUUCCAUGUUGAAUUAAUUAUGAAGCCAUCUGGGUUGAAGCCAUGCUGGGCCGAAAUCACUCCAAAAAUUGAUUUCUGACAUAAAUGAAAAGGUAAAAGAAAAAGCUGGCAUCAUCAAAUGUCACUUUUCAAAACCUUAUCAAAAAUGUUUUUUUAUUGAAUUGUUUGGUUUGAUUCCUUGAUUGCACUAUAAUUCACUUUAUAAAGCUAGCUAUUACUUGAAGUUUAAAUUGCUUUAGAUAUCACAAAAUAUGUUUCCACCAACAGUGGGAUGGGUAUGUUUAUGUGUAAAGUAAUAAGAUGAAUUAUUUACAUUAAUAAAUAUACAAUAAAGCAGUAGUAAAAUAAUAAUAAAAUAAUAGUAACAAUGGUAGAUUAAUUUAUCUUGUAAUUGUAAUUGCACUGGAUAUUCAUUCAAAGCUAUACUGUAUGUCUGUAGAUCUAUCUGGGUAGCUCUUCCACUUAUUUUUCUCCUUUGAGAACUAAAUUGGAGUUGCCAUUUUGUUGCCGAUUCAUGUCGCCUUUUUUCUGUUGACAAUCAUCUCACGCCUGAGCUCUGUGAACUCACAGUGUGGUUGAUCCAUUCCUGUUGUUUGUCACCAAUACGCUCUAUCGCUAAUAGCUACUAGCACUUACUAAAAUGUAAUAAAACGGGCGUAACAAUAAUUAAACUGCAAAACCUCUUUCACUUGCCUCAUUCAUCUUGUGAUAAACGGUUAUUUUCAUUUAGAAAUCUUUUUUCUUUUCUUGCUGUCCUAUGUGAUAAUUUGUUGAAUAGUUAUCUUCAAAUUAAUGAAAGCCUAAAGUCUAUUAUUAUACCACUCAUGAAAAUAAUGUAUAAUAAUGAGUGAUGUAUGAGGUGUAUGCCAUUUUUGAAAAGCCAUAUUGUAAUACAGGGGGCUAAGACAGUUGAGGUGUCUCAUCCAUAUUAUGGCAAACCCAAGAACACUAUGGAUGAGCGUUAGUGUUGACUGUAAAUCCUUGAGUUCAGUCUCACUGCUCCACAAUUCCUGCAGCUCUGUCUCAGCCCAACAGAAGGCACUGUGUGUCCGGGGACUUGUUGAUUGAAACUGCUGUGUGUGACUGGGAAAGCCUCAACUAGGCUGGACAGCAAGUGUCCUAUUAAAAGAACACCGACUGCCUUCUGCAAGGAGACAAAUGGUACUGACAUGAAUGGGAAUCAUUGCCAUCAAGUUUUCUUCAUUGUCCUCUCGACAGUAGUAGCAUUUCUGUGUGUUUUGUUUCUUUAGAAAGUCUGAAAACAGCCAAAGUCAUUGUGAUUUAAUGAAUGAAGUGUGAUUGUAGCCAUGGUGGUAUGAGUAAAAGGGAGCACUCGGUAUCUUCUAGAUCAGGGGUGUCAAACUCCAACCAGUGUCUGCUGGUUUUCGGUGCGUUUCAGCGCAAGUGAUUAAUGCAAGUCAUUCAUUGGCUAGAGUCCAGACCUUGUUCUCAAGGCCUUAGUGGGUUGUUGAUUGAAAGGAAUCGCAAAUGCUUGCAGGCACUGCACCCCUCCAGGACUGGAGUUUGACACCCCUGUUCUAGAUUUGGACUGAAUGAUAAUGCAAAUGCUGUUACAGAUUAUUGAAUUCCCAUAUAUUAUCUCCCUUGUUUUGGCCAUUAAUAAUCAUUAGUGGUGAAAGUAAUAAUAAUUACCAUUAAUGUGAAAGAGUAAUUGGAGAAUUCACAGAAACAAAUAAAGACCAUAUAAACACA